AUGGCGAAGAUUUUCUUCCUGCUAGUUACCGCUGUGACUGUGUUGCCCGGCUUAAUCGAUGGGAGACCGACUAAGUACAGAUCCAAGUUGAAGAGAAGUGAUCUGGGACCGGACGGAUAUGUUGUCCUCACCCAGCGUCAGGUGGAUGCCAUCUCGCCUUUUCUCAACCUACACCCGCAGGGGCGGGACCCUAACAAGCGUGUCAACAAAAGGACUGACGCCCCCUACCGGGUGUUCAUAGAUCGCAACCCUCACAGGAUCCCGAUGGACAUCCCUUUCGCUCGUUGUCGAAAACAAGCGUGCAGGCCUAGCUUGGAACAGGGCUACUUCUACGCACCCAGGUGGGUGAUCUGGAAAGUUAUGGUGGACGGCGAGCUGGAGUACCGUGGUCAGGUGGAGCAGGUGCCGGUGGCGUGCAGAUGCCUCAGAGCGAAGGUUGCGGACCCGUACGCGUGAACUAAACACACAGUACCGAAGGGCCUGGUCACAU